GUGUUGCCAACGGAUCAACAGAAGGCAGCGACCUCUGAUACUGAUAAGAGGAUCAAAUUAAAGUUCCCUCCAGAGCGGGCUCGAUUCUCGAGCGUUCUCGAGCCACACAUGGAAUCGGUGUCUCUCGUUGAGGACCUCCGACAGGUUCCGCAAGUUUUGCCGCUAGCCCGCCGCUUCCAGGUUCCAACCAACCCCAUGUUCUACAUCCAUCUCGAUGCUCCAUGCUGAGCAAGGGUCACGAUGUCGCAAAGGUCUAGGCCCUUGUAAACGGCGACAGACUCUCACCGGGACACUUCGUGCGAUAAGUAGCGCAUUUCAGGAAUGUGCUGCUGACAUCAACCGCUGAUAACGGCUCGGGCCAAGACUCUGAACAAGCAGCGGAGAUCAUCCGCAUUUCUCGUCCGCCCCAACCGCUGGAGUGGGUGCUGAGCGCGUGCGUUUUUUUGGUAUUCACACCCUGCAGUGGCUAGCAAAAGACUGAGCUUAUCUUAUCUGGUUAUCCGCUCCCAUCAAAACUCGGGUUUUUCCAGUGAGCAUGCAAAGGCUGGGCUUUCCAAGGUGGUGAGAUGUGGGAUCUGCUGCCAAAGUUGAAAUGAAUUCAAGACGAGAGACGAAAAAACUCGACACAAAUUCUAGCGGCUAGACCCAACAGCACGACUGUCGGCGGCCCCGCACAGACCAGAUUGUUCAACCUUGCAGUGUGAUGGAUGAUCGGCCCGGUGGAUGUUGUGCCUGGACACGACGGGUGUGGAAACUGGAAACUGUGCACUGGAUGGUCGACUGUCCUCUGAAGAUCCCGAGUACCUGUAGACCCUGGAAACGGAUAGACUUGAAUUCUGCAGCGUCACUUGCGUGGUGGCAGAUUCCCUCGCCGAGCGGGAUUUGCAUGCCAGACUUGAACGGAGUGCAGUAUCCGAAUAGAAUGGGCAAAUGCGAGAACCUCGCGCAGGAAAGCCGAGUGACUCGGUUUUUCAUUCCAUCACCGGGCUGAGAGAUAGAUUCGACAAGCACCAGUGUGGGAGCAUGGCAAUUUGUUGCUCUGCGCUGUCCCCACUCGACCCAUGGCGCAAAGUCAUGUUCAGAUGAGGAUCAGUCUAUGACGUGCCUCUCAGCGCGUUGGCAAGCAGCGAGUCACGCCAGCGCGUCAUAGCCUCGCAAAUGCGCGAAAAUCGCAAAACAAGGCUUGUUCGGAACAUUGCUUGCCGAGUAGGCCUGCGCGAGAGUGUGCUGCUGGGAGACGUGCUUAGCGCGUUUCGGCAGAGACGGCAUGGCUCGGGGAGGGCCUGGGCACUCGAGGAGAUCGUAUCUCUCGCAUUCGCACGCUGCCCGCUGAGACUAGUCAGCUUUACAGCACGUGUGAUCGGGAAACCCGUUGAUAAGUCCCCGUGCUCAGCGGCGGCACAUAUAGGCCGUCUCUCCGCUGCGGAUGUUACCCGCGCUGGCAAAGAUCCCGCAGAAGACACC